GGCUGCAAAGACGUAGCGAAGAUGAAGGCUCUUCUUUUCGCCCUGCUGGCUGCAGUCCUGUGCGCGGAGCGAGUUUACUCACUGAAAUGCUUCACUUGCAAUGAUGAGCCCUCCAACUGGAAUUGUAUUAAAAUAACGGACUGUGCAGAGAACGAAAAAUACUGUCUAACAACCUACACGAAAACGGGGCUUGGUGAGAAGGCUGAGUACCGCAUCACCAAGAAAUGUUCUGCCGAGUGUCCUCAAACAAACUGGAACCUAGGCAUAGCAGCCACUUCUACCUCUUGCUGUCAGCAUUCCUUGUGCAACAUCAGCGGGGCCAGCAGCGUGAAAACCAGCUACACAGUGAUGGCCACGGGGAUCUUGGCCAGUCUCAUCUAUGUCCUCAGAUCCGGACUGUGAUGGGGCCAGGAAAAGGAGGCUGUGACGUCCCAAAGAACCAGCUCGAGCUUCCCCAGUGAGACACCAAACAUCCUCUGUGCAAAGAUUUCACCUGGGUUAACACUGCCCUGUGCCCGGUAAGGCUACGUCUACCCUAAAGCUAGGGGUGUGAUUCCCGGCUCACAUAGAUGUCCUCGUGCUCUAGCGCUCACUGAACAAGCAUGCUAAAAACACCAGUGUAGCCAUGGUAACAUGGAGCCGCAGCAAGCAGCAGCAGGGCCUAGUUGCCCCAAGUACGCGGCCGCUGCCAUGACGACACGUCUAUUGUUAGCAACCUGCUCAAUGAGAGCUGGUGCUAGUACGUCUACAUGGGCUGGGAGUCAUAUCACUAGCUAGACUUGGCCUCAGAGUCACUUCAGAUUCCAACAGCAAGUCAUUCCUCUCUCCGUUUUCACACUGUGGUUCUGCCUCGGACACAACCACACCUCCGUGCUCGGCGUUGAUGACCUGGGAUGCUCAGCUGAACGGCGCUGUCUGCUCAGAAGGGCGCCAUAUCGCGCAAAGUACUAACACCGUUAGAGCUACUUGUUCCAACCUCUGCCACAGACCCUGUGUAAUUCCCCUGGCACCCGUCUCCUUUCUGCCUCUCCUCACCACCGACAGCACGAGAGCCUUCUCCUCCGCGGCUCACUCACCAGAGCAGCCUCCCUAUAUUUCUGAACAGACCUUUACUCUCAGGUCUGCCCCGCUAACAUCAGCCCUGGUGAAUGAAUGAAGAGUUGAGUUUAUUCACCUACAUUUUGUUCCCACCACUGGUUUCUGUCUUUUUUCCCCAUAUACCGGGGUGGCCAAACCAUGGCUUGUGAGCUGCGGGCGGCUCUUCUCCAGUUAAAAUGUGGCUCACGGAGCCCCCUCCACCCCAUUCUCCACCUACCAGCCUGGGGUGGGGGGAGCUCAGGGCUUCUGCCUUGCGGCAGGGUGGUGGGGCUACAGGCUUCUGCCCUGCUGGGAGGGGGGUCUUGGGCCUUCAGCCCCACGCGGGGUGCCUGCCGGGGCUCAGGGCUUCAGCAGGAGUGGGGAUGAAGCCCUGAGCCCUGGCAGGCACGCUGGGCUCUCGAACUUGUGAAGAUUGUCACAUGCAGCUCAGAGGGUCAGUAUGUUUGGCCACCCCUGCCAUAUACCAAUUGCUGGCUUGUAUUGUUUCACUCUGUGAAAAGCCCUGUACGAAAUACUCUGUCGGCCAGAGG